GCAACUUUGUGAAUUCAACAAUCUGUCUCUUUCUGUAUAUAAGGAUGAUCCCAUUCGAAUUGGCUGCCCAAGUGGAAGGAUAUGUGUACAACCAUGCAAUUCACAGGAAUCUUCUGUCUUUUCGGCGCAUUCGUGUGCCUUCCAACUAUCUACGCGUCUGUCCUACGCCUCGAUGAGAUGAUGAAAAUCUUGUCUGCAGAUGUUCUCCCUGGAGACGUUAAACCACAAAGCGGUUUUGUUGAACCUAUCAAUGGACUAAAGACCGUUUCAGAGGUUGUUAGAGACGCUAGAAAUUACCUAAAGAAUACAGAUCCAAAGACUUUACUAGCUUCGCAGAAUGUUCCUUUUAAGUGUGGUCUAGCCCCAAGUCUUGGUAAUCUGACUAAAAAAGUAUUUCAAGAUAUGGAUCGCAAUGUACAGGUGUUGAUUGGAACUACCAAAUCCAUAAUCGAAAAACUGAUCCAACAAAAGGGUGCUCAUAAUCUAAAGUUUGAAGAUUAUGUGGGCGCCAUGAAACAAAACAAGUUUAUCCAGAUACCUAGUGGUGGUAUUAUCAGAAGAUCGAAAUCAUUAUCGUCUUCGUAUAGUGGGAUUUCUGAUGGGCGAACAUUGUCGAAUACGGCGAGGAGAAUUGAAUCCUGGUAUAAGGGAGAUUUACUCGGUGACAAAGAUGUUUAUGAAGCAGCUGAAAUCAACUUAGAGGAUUUUAAAAAUCUUGUUAGUACUACUGGUGCAGCCAUCCGGAGUUUUGAAACCUUUUUUUAUGUCAACCAAUAUAUAACUCGUGAAGUAGUAAACUUUGGAAUUUUGCGAUAUCCUGAACCAAAAAAACCCUAUUUUCAGAUGUAUCGUAUCAAGCUGGCUGCGUACAAACACACCGAACGUAUACUAUUUAUCGAAAACACAAGCAGUGGCAUUUCUGGAAAAUUUGAAAUGUAUAAAUUUGCUCCAAGUGGAGGCAUCAUAGCGGAAAUUGAUCCCAAUUAUUUUAAUAGGUUUAUUACUUCUGCACUGGACUCCCUUGGUCCCUUGUAAUAAAUCUAUCUAUAAAGGACUGCGAGCCGGCAAGCUGGCAGAAUGGUAAGCACGCAGGGCGAAAUGCUUAGCGGUAUUUCGUCUGUCUUUACGUUUUACGUUUUGAGUUCAAAUUCCGCCGAGGUCGACUUUUCCUUUCAUCCUUUCGGCGUCGAUU